AUGCCAAGACGUAGUAACGCUGGCAUUACCAGCACAAGACCCAACAGCCGCGAUAACAACAGCAGCAGGAACAGGAAGGACCUGUACUGCGACACCCACGGCUGGGGAAACCAUACGUCCCAGGACUGCAACCGGCCCAAGGAUGGCCACAACCCCAAUGCAAUUCCUCCUCUUCGUUGGAACAAUAACGAUAACACCACCAACAAUGGUGGACGUAACGGCCGCAACCAAACGACAUGUGGCUUUUGCAACAAGGUAGGUCACAAUGCAAACGAUUGCCACGCUAAUCCAGCUAGCUCGAACUACCGACCGGGCGCAGACAUUGACAUGAGUGCCCCAGAUCCAAUCGCAAUCCCGUUUCGGAUCAACAACACAUUUGGUGUUGCUAGCGAUGAGAGUCGAAUUAUCCCCGAGCAGCCUGGAUUCCGAGGUUUCGCCCAGGAGAACGAGCCACGAUGGCGCGCUGCAGGCCUCCGCAAUGCUGAGACCUCCCAGGCUGAGAAGAAGCCUUACUGUUGCUUCUGCAAUGCUACUAGCCACGAAGCAGAUCAGUGCCAGAACGAGCAAGGUCUAAAGCGGUUCUACCACUCCAAGCUCAUUUGCGCUGGCUGUCGUGUCAAAGGCCAUUUGAAGGACGAGUGCAAAAAUCCCAUCGGUCAGCGCUGUUCGAAGUGCUGGCGCACCGGUCACACUGCAUUCGAGUGCAAGAUGUGCAAGACCACUCCGAUGAACACCUUCAUGAGCGCUGUUGCCGCACCCACUCCUGCUAGCCGCUUCAAGUGGAACAGCGGCAACAUCGUUCCAAACCGUAUCCAGGCUUUGCGCGUGUGGUUUGAGAAAGAGCAACGCGAGGCCGUCAGCUCAUGCCAAUUCGUGAAUCAAUUGGAGUACGAUGCUGUUGAGCAUAUUCUCCGCGAAACCGAAGCCCGGGAAUUCCGCGAAUCGGGUCAGCUGUCCUCUAAUAUGGAUAUGGAAACGGCUCGCGCGCAGUUAAGUCAGGACUUGUCGUCUCUCACAGCCGAGGUGAGGAACCUUACGGGACUCUCGACCCUCAAGCUCAACUACGCCGUGCCUGGAAUCGAGGGCUACGGUUCUGAUUCGCGCAAUACGACCAAGAGCCAGGUCAAAUCCUUCAGCACUCCACACUCGGGCACUACGAAUGCCUUCACUUUCCACUCAUCGACAUCCCACCCUCCGAAUGUUCUCCGCCCAUCGAUUUCUCGGGACACUAAUCAGCCAGCCAACUUGACUCAAGAAGCGCACGAAGCGCAGAUCCUGAACGAGGCGAUCCAGAAAGUCAUCCGGGAGCACGGUGACCGCGAGGUCGAAGACAAGAUCAACAGAUCCACCUGCUACGCGCGAAGCCACGCCAACGAGGGCCUUCGCAAUCUCGCCCAGCGCGUCGUCGAGCGGCAACUCCUCAGCCCACAACGCAUGGACGAGAUUAAACGGCUCAUGCUCCUGCGCGCGCAGUUCUGGCGUGACCCCGAGGCCAUGGCAGCCCUCCCGCAGCGAAAGCGUCCCUGCUGCAUGAAGUGCGGCCAGAUGGGACACAUUGUCGACCGCUUCUUCAAUCCCGUCCGGCCGGAUAUCACCCGAGAGGAGUUUCUGGCGCUCCAGGAUUGCGUUGAUUGGGGCCUUUUCGUCGUGUUCGAGUGUGACUGCUGUGUUAGCAGGGUUCAGGGAGUGAGGUAUGGCAACUACAAGUAUGUGCCGCUGAUGCAGAAUUAG